AAGAAUUCUCCUUUGUCAGAUGGGAUCAGUGCAGGGGAACUGGAGAGGGGCCCAGACAGGAAACUCUAAUCUGAGAUUUAAUUGAUGGGCAAUGAACAAAUGUUUAAAUCGUCACAGUGUUGUCCCGUGCAUCAUGUUUUAUUUUCUUUCAAACUGAUUGUGCCUCCUUGUUUUUAUGUUGUAGGGUUUGAUGAAAAUAUUGAGUCUCAGGGAGAACUCAUCCUGCAGGAAUCCUUCCAAGUGUGGGACCCAAAAACCUUAAUUCGAAAGGGUCGAGAACGGCAUCUCUUCCUUUUUGAAAUGUCCUUAGUAUUUAGUAAAGAAGUGAAAGAUUCCAGUGGCAGAAGCAAGUACCUUUAUAAAAGCAAAUUGUUUACCUCAGAGUUGGGUGUCACAGAACACGUUGAAGGAGAUCCUUGCAAAUUUGCACUGUGGGUGGGGAGGACGCCAACCUCAGAUAAUAAAAUUGUCCUUAAGGCUUCCAGUAUAGAAAACAAGCAGGACUGGAUAAAGCACAUCCGUGAAGUAAUACAGGAAAGGACUAUUCACCUGAAGGGAGCUCUGAAGGAGCCCAUUCACAUCCCCAAGACGGCGCCGGCCACGAGGCAGAAGGGAAGGAGGGAUGGAGAGGACCUGGAUAGCCAGGGCGAUGGGAGCAGCCAGCCGGACACAAUUUCCAUCGCCUCACGGACGUCUCAGAACACACUGGACAGUGAUAAGGUGAGCUGUAACCAGCACUUUCUUGUCUUGGAUCCAAUAAGAAGCAGCCUGUUUCUAUCUAUAAAUGACAGUUUGUCACCAACAUUUCCAAACAGUCGCUAUGUGCUGAGUGGUGCCAGAAGCAGAGCAAGGACAAAAAGGUGGGGGUGUCAGGGGUAAAGUCUGAGGAUUCAGGAAAAAUUGCCUGCCCUUCCCAGUGUCAUUACAGGGUUUUCUCUCAGGGUGUUCUAGGGCAGGUGUU